GACGUCACACGCCGCGUUGGCUCGCAGAAAGUGGCGAAAAGUUUUCAGACCCCCUCCUCUGUAUGUUUUUGUUGGGGGAAAAGUUGUAGGUCGUGUGAAUGUAGUGUGUCCGUCGUCCGUUAGACCCCCGGGAGCAGAGGGAAUGCGAGCUUUUCCAGCAGGCUUUUGACGCUUCACGUCCUCUGGCUCGGAGUGGAAAUCUGUCCGGCCGUUAUCGCUUCACCUCUGCCGUUUAGCCACCUAGCUAGCUCCGCUGCUAGCCGACUAGCCGCAGCGUUAACGCUACCUCGCCUCACACUCCCAUUCUUGUGGCUGCUUCCACCUUUGCGUGGCGAGAAAAGGCAACCGCGGCGAUGGCGGAAACCAAAAUAAUUUAUCACAUCGACGAAGAGGAGACGCCGUAUUUGGUGAAGAUCCCCAUCGCUGCCGAAAACAUCACUUUGCUGGAUUUUAAACAGGUCCUGAACAAACCAAACUACAAGUUCUUCUUCAAGUCUAUGGACCAGGACUUCGGGGUGGUGAAGGAAGAGAUUUCUGACGAUAGUGCCAAGUUGCCAUGUUUCAACGGCAGAGUGGUGUCAUGGUUGGUAUCUUCGGACACUGUAGCUGCAGAGCCUCCGGUGGCAGUGGUCCCGCCGGUGGAAGCCCCGACCCAGCCUUCGCCCCCUCCUCCGCCCUUGCCACCCCCACCUGCAGAGAGAACUGGGGGUAUCGGGGACUCUAGACCACCUUCCUUCCACCCCAAUGCUACCGGCAGCGUGGAGACGCUGGACGACCAGACUGAAACAGAGUCUGUAGUUUCCUUCAGGAGAGAGAGGCCGCGGCACCGAGAUAACAUGGAGCAGCACGGUCCUCGUAUAAAUGGCCAGAGUCGUCUGGAGCGCCACCUGGCAGGAUACGAGAGCUCCAGCACCAUGAUGAGCAGCGAGCUGGAGACGACCAGCUUCUGUGACUCUGACGACGAUGACACCAUGAGCAGGUUCAGCAGUGCAACGGAGCAGAGCACAGCCUCUAGGCUUCUUAAACGGCACCGUCGACGCAGGAAGCAGCGCCCCCCUCGUCUGGAGAGGGCCUCUUCCUUCAGCAGUGUGACCGACUCCACAAUGUCCUUGAAUAUCAUCACCGUCACUCUCAACAUGGAGAAGUACAACUUCUUGGGGAUCAGCAUUGUGGGUCAGAGCAAUGAGAGAGGGGACGGAGGGAUCUACAUUGGCUCCAUCAUGAAAGGAGGAGCUGUGGCUGCAGACGGGCGCAUAGAGCCCGGUGACAUGCUGCUGCAGGUGAACGACAUCAACUUUGAGAACAUGAGCAACGACGAUGCAGUGCGAGUGCUGAGAGAGAUCGUACACAAGCCAGGACCCAUCAUCCUCACAGUGGCCAAGUGCUGGGACCCCUCUCCUCAGGGCUACUUCACGCUGCCUCGUAAUGAACCAAUCCGACCCAUUGACCCGGCAGCGUGGGUCAGUCACUCUGUGGCAAUGACUGGGGCCUACCCUCCCUACCCAGGCAGCUCCUCGCUCAGCACUAUCACCUCGUCCUCCUCUGUCACAGAGACUGAACGUUUUGACGACUUCAACUUGUCACUACACUCUGACAUGGCGUCCGUUGCAAAGGCUAUGGCCUCACCAGAGUCGGGUCUAGAGGUCAGGGACCGCAUGUGGCUUAAAAUCACCAUCCCCAACGCUUUCCUUGGCUCAGAUGUAGUAGAGUGGCUUUUUCACCACAUUGAGGGAUUUCAGGACCGCCGUGAAGCCAGGAAAUACGCCAGCAACCUGCUGAAGGCAGGCUUCAUUCGACACACAGUCAACAAAAUCACCUUUUCCGAACAAUGCUACUACGUUUUUGGAGACUUAAGCGACUGUGAGAACUACAUGGCCAAUCUGUCACUGAAUGACAAUGAUGGCUCCAGUGGAGCCUCCGACCAGGACACGCUGGCCCCUCUGCCACUCCCUGGUGCCUCCCCGUGGCCCAUGAUGCACACCUUCCCCUACCAGCCCUACCCUACACAUCCCUACUCCAGCCAGCCACCUCCCUACCACGAGCUCACCAGCUAUAGCUACGUCCCCGGCAGCACCGGCAGCCAGCACAGCGAAGGCAGCCGAAGCAGCGGCUCGACAAGAAGCGAGGGCGAGCGACGUCGCGGCAGCAAGGGCCCAGGGAGCACCGUGGGUGGAGGGGAGAAAUCGCCCUCUGGUGGGGGAGGAGAAGGUGGCGGGGCUGACUCACGCUCGGGCAGCGGCAGUGAAUCGGAGUACUCCACCCGCAGCAGCCUGAGACGCGGUCAUGGUUCGGCCGCCCCCAGCGAGCACAGCCACGCCUCCUCUCAGCGCUCACAUCAUCACCGCAUGCCCCAGCCACCCCACCUGUCCCCAUACCCUCCAGGCAUCCUGCCUUACAACCCCAUGAUGGUGAUGAUGGUACCACAGCACCCACACGCUGCCAUGGCGGCUGCUCACGCUCUUCCUCACACGCAGCAGAUGCCUGCACCCCCUAUGCACCCAGCUCUACCCCCGCCACCCUCCUCCACUCCAGGGGGGCCUCCUGGCGCCCCACCCACUCGUGACCUGGGCUCCGUUCCCCCUGAGCUGACUGCGUCGCGGCAGUCAUUUCACCUGGCCAUGGGAAACCCCAGCGAGUUCUUUGUGGAUGUAAUGUAGUUUCCUAUCUUGGUGUUGAGUGACCAUUCGUGUGCAGUUGGUGUACAGUUCCCACUUGUUUUGACGAGGAUCUAGUGGUAGCUAUUUGAGCUCACAAGGGCCUUCUGGAUUGAAGGCACUUGUUACACACUUGGUGAGAACAGGGUUUAACUUUUACAGAGAAAAUAGGACGAACAAAAUUAAUUCAUAUGGAAUAAUUUGUCUAGUUUUUUCUUCUUUGGAUCCACUACAAACUACACUACAUCGAUUUAAUUCCUAAAUCCUGCAAGACCAGUUCUACCUUCUUAUUGUAGUAGGAGCUCAUUUGUGAGAAAAAUAUUUCUUUAGGAGCCACUAAAUCAUAGAACUGUCCAUCCAGGAAGUGCACAGACAACAGUACAACACUAGAGGGUGAGGUCUACGCCGUACUUGAAAAGGACACAAUCCUACAUGUGUGUCUUGAUCAUCCGGCCAGAUUCCUCAAGAGCACAGGAGUAUGUUGAGUGCCUUACUCUUCGAACAACAUUUUUAACACUCCAGGUACAUCAUGGUCUAGCAUGGUUUGACCGUGAACUCCUUUGUAUAUAUCUGCCACUCCAAUGUACAUGCUGCAAACCAGAACAGGAAAAUCUAAUGUGAAAAGGAAAGUAGGUCCAGAAAAUGACAGCAUCAAAUAUCACUAAUUGUGAGGAGAGCCGUGGUUUUCAUUGUAGGACUAUAGAGGCUUAAUGGUACUAAUUGGCAAUACAGUGCUGACAGUGGUACUUUUUGAUUGCAUACAGUGUAUAUCUAAAGUAACUGUGAUCCAAAACUGUAGCUCCACGUGCUUCUUUUUAUGUUACUGACUCGCAUUAUUCACCCAUUUCAUUUUUGUAUGACUGACUAUGUAAAUCAUGUAUAACCAAACUAUUAAGGUGCUAAAUGAAGAGUCAAUGUUUCAAAAAUAAUAACUUUUGACAAUGUCACGUUGUUUGAAUUUUGUAUGGCCACCUUGGUUUGUGUAUUUGAGAAUAAAUUUGAUACUGACGUACA